GCUGACAUGACAAUUGACAAGUAACGGUACUAAAAUAUUCGCAAACGUAAUGUCACAAAGGAGGUGAUUUCAAAAUAAACAAAUAAUUUUCUUAUAUCUUUACAUAAUUAAUUAGUACGUUAUGGAUGACGAGGACACACUGCCAUUAAAGCGGGUGGAGUUCUCCUUAACAAAAUUCAACGAAGUAGCAAUUCCUCAUCAUUUGGAUUUACUGCGACAGCAUAAGGCGAAUAUUAUCAAGUACGAGCGCGCGGGCGAGUGGCGUCGCGCGCGAGUGUCGGCGGGCGAGGCGGCGCGCGCGGCCGGCCGCCUGCGCGAGCUGCUGACGGAGCUGUGCGCGCUGCGCGCCCGCGUGCGCCCAGCCGACCGCGCGCGCUUCGACGCGCUCACGCAGCGCUCGCGGGACGCCACGCUGCGCGCCGUCAGAGACUACCUCGGCAGCGCCCCGCAGACGAUAGACGGGGCUGCGGCGGAGACGGCGCCGGUGGCGGGCAGCGCGGUGUCCACGGACUCCGUGGGAGUGGUGGCGCACGCCCAGCCCGGGACCGACCUGCUGGCGGGGGAUCUGCAACUGUACGUCGAUGAACAGGAAGUGAACCUGCAGGAGCGCGAGGCAUUACUCCGCGGCUGCAGCGAGCUACAGGCCGAGCUACUCGCGCUGCAUCAAGUCUGGGAGGACACGCAGCGCGCCGCGCUGGCACAGCGGGAACAGAGGCGCGUGUUGCAGGUGUCGGCGGCGGAGAGUAGCGUGGCGGUGGCGGCCGACAACAUCGGCGCCGCGCGACAAUACCUCGCCCUCGGGGAGAGGCUGCGCGCGGGUGCAUGGGGCGCGGGCGGGGCGGCCCUGGGCCUGGUGGCGGCGGGGCCCGUCGGAGUCAUGGUGGGCGCCAAGGCGGGGGCGCUGGCGGCGGCCGCGGGCUCCGUGCUGGGGUACCUGGGCGCCAGCAUCCUCGCGCGGCGCCGCACGCAGCCCGAGCCCGACCCUGGCGCCGACAAGACGGAGUAGUGACUAGUGGGCCCCGCUGUAGCUCCACUAACUCAUCUACCGCCACCACCUCACCAAUAGUCAUCGAGUUGUCACUUCCAGUUCGGGGGACCCGAUGUACUGCGACACUCAUCAUGCGCGCUUCAUGACUGCGAGGUGUUGGACUAAUAUAUGAGUUAUUCCAAUACUGAGCAAAUUAUUUUAUUUCUAGGUACCUUUUAUACACAGAAUGGUCAAUAUCAGUAGUAAUCGAUCAUGGUUGUGCAGCCUCUUUCUACCUCUGGGGAGGAACAGACGUGAUAUUAUAUGUAUGUAACGUAAGUAAGCAGCUGUCGAAAUAUUUAAUCUGUAAAGGUGUGUGAUACAGUGCUGCCCUCUACGGGUAGCGUACGACGUCCGUGUCAGUGCGGCACGUGUAUAAUCUUACUCACGGUUAAUGUACAAAUAAAUCAAUAAUGUUGUAUAAAAUAGCAAAGAUAACAAAAUGUAUUAUAUAGAUAGAUCUAAUGUGUAAAUAAAAUACAUUGUAUAAUUAAUUAUAAUAUAUUUUUGUUACGA